CACGCUGAGACUCGACUCGUGCAAAUGAUUGCGAAAGUAUGUUCUAUAAAUGAUCAGUGUUUGUGAAUCUAUAGAGUGAUUGUGUGUGUGUGUGUUGAUGUUUACGCACGUGAACUGGUGGAAUUUCGACUAUGAAUUGCACAUAAUGCUCGCCACCUUUGCUGAUACUCGGAUGCCUUAAGGCAAUAUGAAAGUCAAACGAAGUCUAGACGUAAGGCUCAUAGCCUUGUGUACUACCUGCCUGAUCCUACCAGCUAUCGCUUGCCCGACCCAAUGCAUAUGCAAGUGGAAAAAUGGAAAACGAUACGUCGAGUGUACGGACAAGGACUUAAAAGCGAUUCCAAACUUGCUUGAUUCCGAAACCCAAGUAUUAGAUUUCACUGGAAAUGAUUUACAAGUGUUACAAAAAGAGACAUUUCACAAAUUAGGCUUGUUAGACUUACAGAAAAUUUAUCUGCAGAGAUGUCGACUGCAGAAAAUCGAUAACCACGCCUUCAGGGGCCUUGCAAAUCUAGUUGAGUUGGAUCUAUCUAAUAAUUACAUUACCGUCAUUCCAUCGAGCAAUUUCGUUUUCUUCCCAUCACUAAUGAGACUUUCGUUAAACAAUAAUCCUAUAACCGGUAUAAAGACGCACUGCUUCCAGCAUCUCUCCUAUUUGAAUACAUUAGAAUUGAGCAACUGUAAAAUUGAGAAUAUCGAACCGGAGGCUUUCUCUGGACUGAAACAUUUAGAAUGGUUGAGGUUGAAUGGUAACCGAUUAUCAAAUAUUCAAGGAGAUAAUUUAUUUCCCGAUACGCUUCGGGGUAUCGAUCUUCAAAACAAUAAUUGGAAUUGCGAUUGUAAUUUGAGAGAUUUACAUAACUGGCUAUCGAAUUUCAAUAUGCCACAUGCCGUUGAACCCAUCUGUUCAUUACCUGAACGUUUGAAAAAACGCACUAUUACAAACGUAAAUGAAUUCGAUUUAUCUUGUUUACCAAAACUGACUCCUACAACAGUAUAUCUAGAGACGAAUAUCGGAAACAAUGUAUCUCUCGAGUGUAUCGUCAAGGCCGUUCCUGAGGCCAAGAUACAGUGGUUUUAUCAAGGCCAACUUAUUCGAAAUUAUUCAACGUCCGCUAUUGAACCCCAUCACGUAUUUUAUGUGGAAAACGGUGUUAUAGAUAAAAAAAGUGAGCUGUACAUAUUCAAUAUUGGGAACGAUGACAACGGUACGUAUGCGUGUAUCGCGGAAAAUUCGGCUGGAAAAGUCCGUGCAAAUUAUACUAUAAAAAUUCUUGUGAAAGAGGAACCCGUCGUUAUUGUCGUUACGUUCCCGCACCGACAUUUAGUUGUCAUAAUAACUGUUAUUUUUCUAAUAAUCGUUUUAUUGAUAGCAAUAAUAGCGGUUGUAUUAUUGAAGUUUAAAACGGAUACUAGGAGUCGUAAAAAGAAAGAGAGUGGAAAAGAUGUGGCUUUAUGUAACCAAAUAUUGCCUUCUAGUAGAAGUAACGGGUCCUUGCCAAAAAAUAACGGAAGCGUUAUAGUGAAUGCUCAUUCGCAUCACGCUUUGCAUUACACAGUACAGACCAACCGAGAUUAUGAGUCGAGCGAUGCAUACCAAAGCAAUAACAUGAAAGGCUUUGUCGACAGGAAUCCUGACCUAAUUAGCGACGCGGAAACCGUCGCUAACAACGCACAAAACGAGAACACAGCGCUUUCAGUAUACAAAGCACAAACAACUAACGACACUUUCGAAGAGGAGACCGCAUUCACUGCUCCGACAGUACCGCGACAAGUCACGUGGCAAGAUCAACAAAAUUUAACCAGCAUGCCACCAAUGAGCAUGCCACCUAACGCUAUGUAUCAACAUUCGGCGGACGUUCACCUCAAUCCUGGGUGCUUCUUAGAUAGCGAAGGCUACCCUUACGAUUAUGGCCUUCCAAAACACCCAUGUCGACCAACAAUGAUGUCAAACUAUUCUGUCGUUGGACCCUUUUAUCAAACAUUGCCACAUAAUAGGCCCAAAGGACAGAAGCUUGUCUGUAAAUUCGCGAAAGAUAACGAAUUUAACGCGACGCCACCGACUUGUCCAAAUUUCAGCGAAGGAUUUAGCGCGACAAAUGUAAGACGCACGUUAGAAGGCUACCCAGUGCCCAGAAAUCGUCAGAUUGCUUUCGUCGGUAAUGGAACUGUUUAUUAUAAUGAAGAGUUCGUACCAUCGCCACCUGAGGGGUACAAAACUGAGUCAGUUCAGUGCUGUGUACCCACGGAGACAUGUUCCAGUUGGAACCCAAAAGGUACCUGUGCGGUGAUGGUCCCUAUGGGUAUGCCAGAAGGUCCAGGAAGGUGUUAUCAGGUGGAGACGAGGUGUGUCGAUACGCAGACAACGGACGCUCGGAUUCCGGGCGAAGGAACGGAGAAUGUUUUGAAACCGCUGCCACAAGUAUCGAACGCGAAAUGUGUAUCUGAUAUGUGUUCCGAGAGCCCCGAUGAGGGUUAUGUAGGCGACGCGAAUGACAUCUGACGACGUCGCCGGAACGAUAACGCGUAAACAGGGCUAAUUUAGACGCUAAUAAAGUGAUAAAGCGACUGAAUAUGGGAAUAGUAUUGUAUAUAAGCUUAUUAAAAGUACGCGGACAGAACUUCUGUGUAUCGUGCACAAUCAUUCGAAUUUAGAAUUAAAUUAUGUAAAUCAUAAUGUUUUAUACGUACUCGUUUCUAUUAUAUUUUUAUAGGCGAUUAAAUAUUAAGCUGUAGACAGUUCCGACCCAAUUAGUCCCCGAUGGAGUGAAGAUGUUUCCAUUACAUUAACAAACUUUUAAAGAAAUCCAUCUUAAUCUAGGUCUUCUGUUAUAUCAAAUUAAGCUAUUGAAAAGGAAAUAAACUUCGUAAUUAUUUAUUAUUUAACGCAAUGUUAA